AUGUUCAUGAAGAACGGAUUGGCUACUCAUGCCUUAUUUAUGAUCAACGAAUCGAUUAUCUCAGAACGCUACGGUUGCGCCUGUCUAGGUCAAGAAAUGAACCUGGCGUACGACUUACCUCCAGAGGUGAGCACAAAGGAAACGAGCGGCUUGACCAACCUUCAAGAGCAUCAAGGAUGCAGCGAGGAGAACAAAGGGCACGGAACCCACUAG